UUCACAGCUUCUCUGACCAGCUUGCUCCCUUUCUACUUCUCCUCCUCUGAGCAGACCUACCUUAAUUGUCCUAUCAAAAAUGGCUUGCUGUCCACCAUCUUGUGCUAUCCCAUCUUGUGCCUCCGCCCCCGUCGUCGGACUGGGGUCAGCUGGCUGUGGACCAUGGGGAUACGGCUACAGAGGUCUCGGUCUCGGCUACGGUUACGGUUACGGUUACGGUGGCGCUAGGUUCGGUGAAUCCGCCAGGAACUUGGGCACCUUGGCCGGAGUCGCCCCCUCCUGCAUCAGCCAGAUCCCAGCAUCUGAGGUGACCAUCCAGCCACCUGCAGUUGUGGUCACCCUCCCUGGUCCCAUCCUCUCCGCCAGCUGUGAGCCCGUCGCCGUCGGAGGCCACACCCCAUGUGCCCCCGGAGGUUUUGGAAAUUAUGGUGGCUACUACGGAGGCCGCCUGGGGCGUUAUGGGCGCCGUGGCAGCAUCUGCUCUUAUGGGCGCAGAGGUAGCAUCUGCACCCUCCCUUGUUAAGUGAACCUGGACUAUCCCUGAUGAAAACGGAUUUCAGAAGUUUGGCUAAGCCGUAUCUGAGCCCUGCUCUGUGUGCAUACAGCUAUCACAGCUCCGUCUACUCUAAGUUAUCCCAUUGCUUGUAUUCUUUUCCUGGCAUUCCAGCAAGCACUUAUGGCAGAUAAGUGAUCGGUUCAAGGGCUUCAUGUGAAGAAUGAAAGCUCUGCAAACAUCUAAGGGCCUCGUCUCCACCCUGGCCUCUGUGAUUAUUUGUUAAACGGGAGAUGUUCAUUUCUUUGCACUGUUUGAAACCCCUGGUGGCUUCUUCCAAUGUUCUUUCUCUGCACUUUAAUAAAAAUCAUUCUGCACUGCAAA